AUGGCACUGGUCACGUACCACACGGCAAGCAGAGUCGACCAUGUUGAAAGACGUAUGCAGGAAAAUCAAGGAGCUCGCUUCUCUACACCUAGCCGCCGAGACUAUACAAUGAUUCGAGAGCUGAUUCGAGACAUGCUGGAUCCGCUACGGAAGAGACGAAUACGGGGAGCGACGGCUGCAGAUGCCAGACAUGAUGCACGCAACCUUUCGGGGUUUGCUGGCCAUGUGGUGGGGGGAAAAAUGCCGAAGGAGAUGAGUUCCAACGCUGGAGCAUUGUGGCGGCUGACGCGCAACCUCUUUCUCCUAUGGACGGACCGAACGACGCCAGACGUACAUGGACCUCAAGCAAAGCGAUCGGACCGAAGCAUGUCGUUGGAGUUUUCUUUCACCGCUUCGCCUUUACAUGAACAACGUAAAUCAACAGAGGAGAAUGGAAAGACAGACUCGCCGGAGAUGGCUCCGAAACUAUCUUUGAGGCUCUGCGGCGAUUUACGGCCUAUCUACGAGGAGGAGAGGGAUCGACGCCGCUACGUGCUGUAG